AUGGGCAGGGACUUUGCCAUUUUUCGAACUCUGGGGCAUCAUCAUCCAAUCAGAACAGAGCAGCAUGACUCUCGGUGGCUAAAUGAUCCCAGGUUUAUUAGUGCUCACCUGAUACCAGAGAGUGACAAUCCAGAAGAUGACAAAAUUUAUUUCUUCUUCCGUGAAAACGCAAUUGAUGGAGAGCACACGGGAAAAGCCACUCAUGCCAGGAUAGGGCAGAUCUGCAAGAAUGACUUUGGUGGACACAGGAGCCUUGUUAACAAGUGGACAACUUUCCUCAAAGCACGCCUGAUUUGUUCUGUGCCAGGACCCAAUGGCAUUGACACGCACUUUGAUGAAUUACAGGAUGUAUUCCUAAUGAACUCAAAAGACCCCAAAAAUCCAAUAGUCUAUGGAGUGUUUACAACUUCCAGUAAUAUCUUCAAGGGGUCAGCGGUGUGUAUGUAUAGCAUGACUGAUGUGAGGAGGGUAUUUCUUGGUCCUUACGCCCACCGAGAUGGCCCGAACUACCAGUGGGUUCCCUACCAAGGUCGAGUGCCAUAUCCACGGCCAGGAACU